AUGGAUAGAUUAGCUCAUGAUCAAGAACAAAUGGGAUAUUUUUUGCUGUCCAGAGAUGGUUCAUUACUUUCUGUACAAGAUGGAGUAUUUCGUACAAACUGUAUUGACUGUUUAGAUCGAACCAAUGUUGUCCAAAGUAUGUUAGCUAAACGAGCACUUGUAGAUGCUUUAAAUAAACUUAGUAUUCUUAGAAGAAUUGAAGAGCAUCCGUCUUUUGAAACAUUAUUCAAAGAGGUUUGGGCUGACAAUGCUGAUAUUAUAAGUACCCAGUAUUCAGGUACGGGUGCAUUAAAAACUGAUUUUACUCGUACGGGUAAACGAACUAGAAUGGGAGCGUUGAGAGAUGGUAUAAACAGUUUAACUAGAUACUACAAAAAUAAUUUUGCCGAUGGCUUUCGUCAGGAUUCAUUAAAUCUAUUUUUGGGUCGCUAUGUUAUACAAGAUGGCGAAUGUAUGCAGCUGAAAUGUCCAUUAGAUUAUGAACGAAACUGGCGAUAUGCAACAUUCCCAUUAGUACUUUUAGUUGCAUCUUCAAUGUUAAUUGCCCAUGUGAUACUUCCUUCAACAUAUUCAACUGAAGUUCUAUUAUAUAUGCUAUUUUGGGGUGCAAUGGUUGCUGGUACAUUCGCCACUAUCAUUCAUCAUGGUCGACAAUAUGUCGAUAAACCGAAAUUAUUGUAG